CCGCGACAGACCAGACGAGACCAGACGAGUCGACUCGAGGCUUGAGACUCGAGACUCGGACGACUUUGAUUUCUUCUUGUCCGUCCCUCCGCGCAUCAAUAACGACGGAGCAAAGGCAGCAAGGCCGCAACAGAGGACAACAUACCAUCACUUUCAGCUCUACCUCUCGCUAGGAAGUCAUCGAUCUCGCGCCCCCUCGCCCUCUCGCUCCGCCCCGCCCGCCGCCCGCUAUGGCAUCGCAGCAAGCCGUCGAGUCGGUAGAGGAGUUUGACUACGAGGACCUGCAGGGUGUUCCCCUCUCCGUGUCGAUGUUGGCGGGAUCGCUCGCAGGUAUCUCGGAGCAUGCCGUCAUGUUUCCAGUGGAUGUGAUCCGGACUCGAAUGCAGAUUCUCUCAACACCAGGAGCAGCCCCAGCAUAUACCUCGGUUCUUAAUGCGCUGAAUCGAAUCACAACAGCAGAGGGGGCCAAGUCACUGUGGAGGGGAGUCAAUUCAGUGAUCUUGGGGGCGGGCCCAGCGCAUGCGCUGUAUUUCGGCACCUACGAGGUGGUAAAGGAUAUGACGGGCGGUAACAGGGAGGGACAUCAAUGGGCCAGCACGGCCUUUGCCGGAGCAUCAGCGACUGUAGCGUCUGACGCAUUCAUGAACCCGUUCGAUGUCAUCAAGCAACGCAUGCAGAUGCAAGGCUCCGCGUAUCGCUCCGUAGCCACCUGCGCUCGCACCAUCUACGCCAACGAAGGCAUCCGCGCGUUCUACAUCUCCUACCCAACCACCCUCACAAUGACCGUCCCCUUUACCGCUGUCCAGUUCUCCGUCUACGAAUGGGCAAAGAAGGUCCUCAACCCCUCGGAGACGUACUCCCCCAUGACCCACGUAACCGCUGGCGGCUUCUCAGGCGCAGUAGCAGCCGCAGUCACAAACCCGCUCGACGUCGCAAAGACGCUUCUGCAGACACGAGGCUCGUCGACGGACACUCAGAUUCGCAGCGCGAGUGGUAUGCUUGAGGCUAUGAAGAUUAUCAAGCAGAGGGAAGGAAUGAAGGGAUUCGCAAGAGGACUUUCGCCGAGGGUAUUGACCUUCAUGCCUAGCAACGCACUGUGUUGGCUGUCCUACGAGGGGUUCCGUUUCUUCCUCAGCAAGCAAACCUGACCUUGUCAUCGUCACCACCUUAAUGCUAUCCGGUCACGAUGACCUUUGUCGUCUU